UUGUUGGUUCCGCUGCAGUGUGAAGGCUUUCUUCCACAGCCAGUGAGACAGGCAUCGGGCCAAGGUACCGAAGAAGAAGAAGAAGGAGGACAGGGAGAGGUAGUUGAGCUGCUUUGACGGGAGUGUGAUGUUUGUUCGUGAGCGGAGACAUGAAACUUUACACUGCGUGGAUUUAACCUGCAGCUGACGUGAAUCUCGACAGGUGGUUGACUCAGGCUGAGCAGGCCGCCAAGCUUGCAUUACACUGGCAGAUCCUCUGGGCAGUUGUAUAGGAGAGAGUGCUGUAGGUACCAAGCAAAGCUGCCAUGUCGGUGACUGUCCACGAGAAUCGGAAAUCCCGCACUAGCACAGGCUCCAUGAACAUCUCAUUGUUCCACAAGCCUUCACAUCCUGACAGUGUCCUGACCCAUUUGAACACCAUGAGAAAACAAUGCAUGUUUACUGACGUCACUCUGUGGGCCGGCGAUCGCUCUUUCCCAUGCCACAGGGCUGUCCUGGCAGCAUGUAGUCGUUAUUUUGAAGCCAUGUUUAGCGGAGGGCUGCGAGAAAGCCUGGACACUGACGUCAAUUUCAGAGACAGUAUACACCCUGAGGUCCUGGAGCUUCUGUUGGACUUUGCCUACUCUUCCCGAGUGAUCAUAAAUGAGGAGAACGCAGAGUCAUUGUUGGAGGCUGGCGACAUGCUGCAGUUCCACGAUAUUCGGGAUGCAGCAGCAGAGUUCUUAGAAAAAAACCUGCACGCGUCCAACUGCUUGGGAAUGAUGCUGUUAUCAGAUGCUCAUCAGUGUAAAAGACUGUAUGAGCUGUCGUGGAGGAUGUGUCUGGUGCACUAUGAGACGGUGAGAGAGUCUGAGGAUUUCUACAGUCUGUCCAAAGACCAGCUGCUGGAGCUGAUUCUGAGUGACGAGCUGGAGAUAGAAGAUGAACAGGUUGUGUUUAACUCUGUGAUGCGGUGGGUUCGAUACGACUUGGAGGGUCGGCGUCUUCAUUUGCCGGAGCUGCUGACAGGCAUAAGGUUGGCUCUGCUGCCCUCGGAGUGUCUGCUGGAGGCUGUAGCUUGUGAGGAGCUGAUUAUGGCUGACAAGAGGAGCAGGUCCAUAGUAGAAGAGGCAAUGCAGUGUAAGAAGAAAAUCCUUCAGAAUGAUGGAGUAGUGACUAGUCCUUGUGCCCGACCACGCAAGGCAGGACAUACGCUACUUAUACUUGGAGGCCAAACCUUCAUGUGUGACAAGAUAUAUCAGGUUGAUCAUAAAGCCAAGGAGAUCAUACCGAAGGCAGACCUUCCCAGCCCUAGAAAGGAGUUCAGUGCCUGCGCCAUUGGUUGUAAGGUUUAUGUGACAGGAGGUCGAGGAUCAGAGAAUGGAGUUUCUAAAGACGUCUGGAUCUACGACACCGUCCAUGAAGAGUGGUCUAAAGGAGCACCCAUGCUAAUAGCCAGGUUUGGCCAUGGUUCAGCUGAGCUGGAGAACAGUCUGUAUGUUGUUGGAGGGCAUACAGCCAUAGCUGGUGUCUUCCCUGCCUCACCAUCUGUCUCUCUGAAACAGGUGGAGCGGUAUGACCCUCUCAGUAACAAAUGGACCAUGAUGGCUCCACUAAGAGAUGGCGUCAGUAACGCUGCUGUGGUCUCUGCCAAAGUCAAACUCUUUGUUUUUGGGGGGACCACCAUACACAGAGACAAAGCCUCCAAGGUCCAGUGUUACGACCCCGUAGGAAACCGCUGGAACAUCGCUGCCGAGUGCCCUCAGCCCUGGCGCUACACGGCAGCUGCUGUCUUGGGAAGCCAGAUCUUUAUCAUGGGUGGCGACACAGAAUUCACAGCUGCCUCUGCUUAUCGCUUUGACUGUGAAGCCAAUCAGUGGACUCGAGUGGGCGACAUGACGUCCAAACGGAUGAGCUGCCAUGCCGUGGCUUCGGGAAAUAAGCUUUAUGUGGUUGGAGGUUAUUUUGGGACGCAGCGGUGUAAAACACUGGACUGUUACGAUCCCACGUCAGAUAGUUGGAACUCCAUCACCACUGUACCUUAUUCACUGAUCCCCACUGCCUUUGUCAGCACAUGGAAACACCUGCCUGCCUAACUGUGAGGUACCAGGAGACACUCAUCCCAGGAGGAGAAACUCUGAGAGUGGCCGAGGCUGAAGUGCCACACAGGACCAAGAUUUCUGAAGACGAAGCAGCGUGUCACACACUCUGAAUCAUUGUGAGUGGUGUGGUUAAAAACCCCCCACAGUGCACCACUCCGGUCUGAACACAGACAAUUACAGUGCUUCCUAAUGACAUACAAACACAGAGUGUGUGUGUGUGUGUGUGUGUGUGUGUGUGUGUGUGUGUGUGUGUGUGUGUGUGUGUGUGUGUGUGUGUGUGUGUGUGUGUGUGUGUGUGUGUGUGUGUGUGUGUGUGUGUGUGUGUGUGUGUGUGUGUGUGUGUGUGUGUGUGUGUGUGUGUGUGUGUGUGUGUGUGUGUGUGUGUGUGUUUCUUUAGUGUCUUAUGAGUCAAACCAUUCCAGUAAGAAAUCAAACUAAGAGCUGCCAUGUUUACUUGACUCAUUUUCCUCAGAAAUCCAGCAAAAUGAAAUGAAAGCAAAGAAUAUGUUCACUGCAGUAUUGAAUAAUCAAUGAUGUGAUGGAGGUUUCAGGCUUUUGCAGUGUUAGGCUUUAUUUGUUCAUGAUUUUUUUUCUUCAUAAGAGAUUUUCCAGUUCCUACAGAAACAGGUGCAGCGUAGGCUGAGUUUAGCCUGAAUUGUUCGGUAGUAAAGAAUCAUUUGCUAAAAUGAAGUUGAAUUACUCAUGCUACUUUCUAAAAGUCCUGGUUGAUGUCACAGCAUUAGCAGCUCUCCACACACGAUCUAUUUAUUCACCUCUGCAGCAGUGCAGCUUGUCACCAGAGGAUGUGGACAUGACUGCCCAGUAAGCAGCCUGUGUGGCAGACUGUACAGUGAACUGUGACGUCAAAGUGAUUUACUCAGCACCAAGAAAAUAAGCAUCAAAGAUCUACUUUUUGGGCUUGGAUUCAGCUCUAAUGGACACCUGGUUGAUUAACAUUUCAGAGUGCAUUUGCAGUCCUCUGUAUUUCCUGUGACAUGAUUACAUUAUGAAUGAAUGUGUGCAGCUGAGCAAGUUUUCAGUGGUUUGAAAUCUGAGAAGCACAGCGGCCUUGUUGAGUAUGUCCUGCAGACAUGCUCACUGCCAUUCAAACACUGCUCUGUAUUUUCUCUGUAGCACCUAAAGACUUUUAAUCUUCAACAGUGAGUUUGUGUGUGUGAGUGUGUGAAUGAGUGAUCAGUGUACAGUGUUUCCCCAUGCUCAAACUAACACAAAUGAAUGAACGAGGUUUGUGGCGCACACAGUUGCACCGUCGUUGCUAUGUUGUACUGGCUCUGUCAGUGUACAGUGUUUACUAAUGUCGGGAGCGUCUUUGCACUCGUUCUCUCUACAACUGUUCAUGAAGACCUUGGAUUGAUGGAUACUUCUGAGCUGCAUUUGCUUGUUUUCUCAAGUUGGAAUUAAACUUUGUCUCAGAAGAAAGACUCUGAAGCAUGCACCAGUGAAUCUGUGAAAUCUGAGGAUGAACAUGUUUCUUAAAGUGAGGUUUUCCAGAUGAUUUUGAAAAAGUUUUUUAAGUGUGGUGCUGUCAUGUUUUUACUGGUGAUAAUAAACACUGACUCACUUUUUAAACUGCACUGAGCUCUUGAACGUGCAGACGAGGAUGA